AUGGACGAAUCAACGGCAUACGGUAUUGAUUUUCGAACCAGUCAGCCGUGGCUAUCGCCGACGAUCAGCCUGAGUUUUGGCAUCGGUGGUAUCACCGCCCUUCUGACUUUGGUUGCCCGUUUGGUCAUGAGGCGUUCUGAGGCGGGGGUGAAGCUUGAUGACUCGAGAAUCGCUUACAUGUUGAGAGUGGUGGCACGUUCGCCUCGCCUGGACUUGAUAUACAUGGCAGAGGUAGCACGUCUAUUGAGCCAUGGUUUUGCGGAAACAUCUAUCGCUUUGCUCUACCUGCACAUAUCUCCCCUCAAGCGGCAGACGCACGCAGGAAGGGUCAAAAUUGUGGUCAUCAUCAUCUACACUGUCUUCAUCUUGGGGCUGCUCAUCCGCCGUGCCUCUGGUGACGGCUUUACCGAGCCCAUACGUCCGAACGAGGGCACUGCCCACUCUCCUCAACUCCCCAUGGCAGCUACUGUAGCGGGCAUCAUCACGGGCCUGAUACUGGUUCUCCUGCCUGUUCUGGAUAUAUCUCGUCUUCACAUGAAGCCGAUAGUAAAACUCAGAGCGCUCCUUCUCUGGUGUACCCCCAUAGUAGGAAUUGUUGUCUCCUCUGUCCGUCGAUUUUUCAUUGCAAGUCUUUCAAGCAGUUCCGAUCUUGCCAUGCAUGCUGCUGUGGCCAUGGUACUCAUGUUCGCUGAGGUGAACCUAACCGUCAUUUGUGGUGAUUUUCCAGCGACGUGUCAGGUCAUCCAAAAGAUCAAGAACAAGGCCUCUUCCGAGACCAUGACGGGCUUGAGAAGUAGAGUAGGAGGUGGAUCGAGCCAUGCACCGGGAGAGUUCGACGAACAUCCGCUACCUUCACCGUGGACCGAAGACGAUGAUGACAGUAGCCAACGAGGGAUACUACCGACAAAUCUCUUCACAGUCUAG